AUGACCCCGCAUGAGUCCCAGGAGGUUCAAGAGCAGCUUAAGCGUGAAAGUCUAGCGUUGUGCGAGGAGAACAAAUAUCUCAAGAGCCGACUAGACGCAAGCGACCAAGCACGUUCAGUCAAUGGCGAGACAAUAAGGCAGCUGAAAUCGGUAGUCGUUCGGUGUCGAGGAGACAACUUGCGUCUCCAGCGGCGAGCAAAGGAAGUUUACCGCAAGCACUUAAUCGACUCUACGAGGAUUCGAGAUCUAGAAAAGCAGAUCAAGGACCAUUAUCGAGAUCAUGAGAAUCUACAGAAUCAAGAAAAAGCCAGGCAGUUGCUUGACGCCACGAAGAUCCAACGGCUGGAAACGGAAGCCACGAAGCAUCGACAGGACAACCAACUCCUCCGAGAGCAAAUGGAAGACCGGCACUCGCUUGACUCCGAGAAAAUUCGACAACUGACUAGUUUACUAGAUCAAGCGCGCGAGGAAGCUGGAAAGACCGAAGAGGCACACCGAGGGAAACUAUACGAGUUGUACAACAUGAUCAACUCGUUGCAGAUCGGACCGGCACAGUUGAAUGACGAACAGAUCACGCAGAGGAUGCGCGAAGUGGGCCACGACUUGGAUUCAUGGAUCAGGUUGAAUUUCAAGGAUAACCAAAAACCCGCGACUCUCGCGCAGAAGGAAUCUGGUAGUCAAUUUCCGUGCAACUCCCUUCAGCUCCAGGCUUGGAUCCAAGGAAGUGUUACACAGCUGAUUCAUGACCACAUUUUGGCUCCGCGUCAUUUUGGACUAGUCAACAAUUCCUUAGGUCGUUUCAUUGAUGAUUUAAAGGAGGGUAUUAAGAAGAAUCAUUCUGAUGAAAGGGCCCUGAGAACAUGGCAAGCCAUAACCUGUGACUUCAUUGAUGUGGCUACAAAGCACGAUCGAGAAUAUAUAAUUCAGUGGAUUGUCAACAUUAACGAGGAGCACUUUAAGAUGCUCUGA